CUACCCACGUACAACCAUGUUGUCAUCAUCGUCACCAACGCGUCUCAUUUCGAAACCAUCGUGCUUCUAUUCCCAAUUCUUCUUCUUUUUUCCGUGUGUUGGAAGAUACCCUUUUGUAUCAUUGUCACAAAGUAUCAAACUCGUCUUUUUGUCUGUCACUAUAUCAUUACCACUCACGAGAUUCCACCCAACCUCUUUUUAGUUUCUAAACUCAUGAGAGCACAAAAACCACUUUCAUUAGUUGUUGUUUGAGUGUAGUUAAGGUAAACUAACCAACCUUAUUCAUAGAUGGAUCAGUCACCACCUUAUUAUAACCGAUUUCCUCAGACUCCAAGCUCAUCCAAGAAGGGAAGAAGUGGUUAUGAACCAUCAGACACAGAGACAGAGUGGCAAGAGAUUCCACGGCACGAACGAGAAAGAAGAAACUUCACUUUAGAAGAAACAAAAGCAUUUACACUAAUGAACAAAAGCCCCAUGGCACUACACAGGAGACACCCUUCAAGGUUUGAACAUGAAGUCUCAUCAGCUUCAACAGCUUCACGAAGAAGACACCAUAGUAAAUCACCCUAUAAGCUGCGCGUAGCAGAAGAAGAUGUUACUGUUGCUGCAUCAUCAUCACCCAUAACAGGUUUGAAUACAAAGAGAAAUAUCAGUCCCUUGCCGAGACCUGACCUUGGAAGAACCGUGUCUCCUUUCAGGGAGCAAAGAAUUGAGAAGCCACACUACAAGAGAUCAGUGACAGCUCCAAGAUUGAGGAUUCAAGAGAGCAACAACGGAGGGAGAACCAUUAAUGAAAUGGUUCAUAAACAAAGAGAAGCUUCUCCUUUCGAAGCGCCUUCGGUUGGCAUAAUCAACGAGAUGAUAGCACAGGUGAAGCUAUCUAAAGAUCCCACUAGUGAUUAUUCAUCAGUGCUCGAAAGCACUGAUUCCAUUCAUCCGGGUGACCUUUUCUUUUCUCGCGAAUGCAACGCCUUGCAAGCGAAGAAUUCUUCGUUGCCAAGACGCAUCCAGCAGUGUGAGUAUUUCAGUCCAAGACCACCGGUGAACACCACCAGAAUCCCAUCUGAAAGCAAAGGAAAUAAUGGUGACAUUAACAUGAAAAUGAAUAUCUUGUCUCGAUCAAACACGGGUUUAAGUUCUGCGGCUACGAGUAGAAAGGGCAGUGACACUGGGAAGCCAAGUAGUGUAACAAGCGAAGCUAGUGGAAAGACAACUGCAAGCAUGAAGAAAUUCACAGCCAAUAGAAAAAAGAAUCAGAAAGAUACAUGGUUUUCUUGCAUGAAAACAGGUAACUGUAGAACCACAAAAAAAUCGCCCGAACGUCGACCUAUUGAUGAAUCUUCUUUCAUAGAGAAGGCAGUUGUAGUGGAAAGCCUCCCACAAUUCUGGGCAGAUAAACACCAACCUGCUUCACUUAAUGGCUUCAUUUGCAAUAAACAUGAAGCUCAACUUCUCAAGGAAUUGGUGUCUCAGGGCUCUUGUCCUCAUAUUUUGCUUCUAGGACCCUCUGGCUCCGGGAAAAGAGAACUAGCAAUGGCUAUUCUUCGAGAAAUAUAUGGGGAUGCAUGUUGUAACCUGUCUCAUGAUUUAAGACAUUUUCCUAUUCAGGACCAAAGGCUUAAGAAAGUAUCUGUUCCAAUAACAUCCAGUUCUCAUCACAUGGAGCUAGAUGUAAAUUCAGAACCAAAUGCUAAAUAUGCUUUAAUGGGAUUAAUCAAAGAAAUUAGCAAUAUAUAUGCGAUUGCCCCUGAAGUCAGCAAUAUUAAUUUCAAGUCAGAUUUUAAAGUUAUAGUUCUUUAUGACGUCCACAAAGCAGUAGAUAACAUCCAGCACAUUAUCAAAUGGAUCAUAGACCGCUAUUCUGAUAUAUGCAAAUUAGUCCUCUGCUGUGAAGAUGAUGCAGACCUUAUUGAACCUGUGAAAAACCGAUUCAAAGUUAUCCAAGUUGAUGCUCCUCAGAAUCACGAAAUUAUUGAGGUUCUUAUUCAGAUAGCAAAGAAUGAGGAAAUUGAUCUAUCCGUGAAUUUUGCUGCAAAAAUUGCUACAAAAUCUAAGCAGAACCUCAGAAAAGCAAUCAUGGCUCUUGAAGCAUGCAAUGCACACAACUAUCCUUUUUCAGAAGAACAACCAAUUCCGGUUGGAUGGGAGGAGAUUGUAAUAGAAGUUGCUGCAGAGAUCCUAGCUGAUCCAUCAUUUUCACGCUUACUCUCAAUACGAGGGAAAUUUCAAAUGCUUCUGUUGGAUUUUGUCCACCCGAAAUUGAUUCUCCAGAAACUCGUGGAACAUCUCCUAAAAAGAAUUGAGGCCAGCUUAAGAAGGGAGCUUUACUACUGGCAUGCUUAUUAUGACAGAAGACUCCCACCAGGAAUAACAGCUUUACUAAAGUUAGAAGAAUUCGUGGCCAAGUUCAUGAGCAUGUGCAGAAAAAACUCUGGCAGUCGGAAAUAUGUGUAGAUUAACAUGGAUGCCAUUUGAGGAUGAAUCCUUACUCAGACACAAUUAAGAAUGUCAACAUCAUAUUCAUAUGAGCAGCACUAAUGAAUGUUUUAAUUAGUAGAAGAACGUGAUUCCGUAUCCCAUUUGGAAAGAAAAAUAUUUUAGUAGAGAUCAGAAAGGAAAGUACUUAAAUCAGAUUCUGUUUCAUUCGUAGAACGCAUGCAUAAAGUAUUUAAUAUUGUUCAAACUAAAAGUCAGCUUGAAGCCCUCAAAGCUCAUAGUGAAGUGUGAACCAGAGAGUUCGGUGAGCCUUAACAUGGUGAUAUUGUAAAAUGCUCUUUUCUUGGGCAGGAGUCUCGAGCACGCGUUCACAUAAAAAGCCUAAAAAAGUCCUCAUUUAA